AAAUGUAGCUUAAAAUGAACACGGCAUCAUGUCAAUGUAUGACUGACGUUUAUGGAGAAAGUUGUUUGUUUGUGUUGAUUGUCUGUCAGGGUGAGAGAGGAGAGGUCACUUCCGGUACAUAACCGCGAGGGGAGGCGGCAGCAGCAGCAGCAGCAGCAGCAGCCGAGGAGUAGACGUCUUCCUGCGGUCAAGAUGUCUGCAGACGUCGCGGUGUCACUGGCGGUCCUGGUGGGCGUGGUCGCGCUGAGUGAUGUCAUCCGAAAGCCCUUGUGCGGUCUCCUUGCGGGCACGAGCAUGCGCUCGUACGCCGCCGAGCUCGUGUCCACUUUCCAGCAGUGCUGCUGCACUCACGAGCUCCGGCUGCUGUCGGAGCUGGGCGUGGUCCCGGUGGGCGUGUCUCUGACGCUGACGUACCUGGCGGCGGUGACCCACGGCCUCACCUUCCGGGGCGCCACGGGGAACCCCAUCGGCACGCUGGCGCAAGCCUACCGCGCCCGCAUCUCCGGCGUGAGCGCGCUGCUGAGGAUCGCGUGCCAGUUCGCCGCCGCUCGUGCGGCGCAUACCGCGGUGCAGGUGAUCUGGGGGCGGGGCUUGUCCGGUCUGCACGCGCGGCACGCCCUGAGCGGCUUCCGGUGCGCCAGCGCCAUACGCGCGCCUCUUCACACCGCCGCGUGCGUGGAACUGGCGUGCGCCUUCGCCGUUCAAACGGCUGUCACGCACACGCGCGGCCUGGGCGACAAGUACCGCGUGCACGCGACCGCCGCGGUUAUCACGUCGGUGGUCUGUGUAGGGGGCAGUGUGACAGGAGCAGUGUUCAACCCAGCUUUGGCCUUCUCCACGCUGUUUGGCUGCACAGGGAGCUCCACAGCCGAAUACUGCGUGGUCUACUGGAUGGGACCCCUUCUGGGAAUGGCGUCCUCUGUGCUGCUCUUCGACAAAGUGUCUCCUCCGUUACCAUUGGACGCCAUAAAGAGGAAGUGAGCACGUCUCCUGUGAGACAUCAGCAACACGUGACAAGAAGAGCACAAACUAAAAGGAGGCGCCAAUUUGAUGUGACUCUUUUCCGUGGAUUGUAUAACUUGAAGAAAGUCAUGGCGAUGAGUGGCCACACCCUA